AAAUACUGAAAUAGAUUCUGAUUUUAAAUUAAACCACGCUCAGGAUUAAAUUUGCAAAAUAAUGGCCGACGCUGAUCAAGAUUUGUUAGAUUACGAAGAGGAAGAAAAUGAAACUACUACUGAAACUACACAAGAUAAAAAAGAACAGAAAAAAGAUGUGAAGGGAACAUAUGUUUCCAUACACAGUUCUGGUUUCAGAGAUUUUCUUCUCAAACCAGAACUCCUUAGGGCGAUUGUGGAUUGUGGUUUUGAACAUCCGUCAGAAGUUCAGAAUGAAUGCAUUCCGCAGGCAGUCUUGGGAAUGGAUGUCGUUUGCCAGGCAAAAUCUGGUAUGGGAAAGACUGCUGUCUUUGUACUGGCGACAUUGCAACAGUUGGAACCAGUUGAUGGCCAGGUUUCAGUUUUGGUUAUGUGUCACACAAGAGAAUUGGCUUUCCAGAUCAGUAAAGAGUAUGAACGGUUUUCAAAAUACAUGCCAACAAUUAAGGUUGGAGUAUUUUUCGGAGGACUUCCAAUCACCAAAGAUCAGUCGACGCUUAGCAGCAAUUGCCCGCACAUUGUGGUUGGCACACCAGGUCGACUGCUUGCGCUCAUCAGAAGCAAAUCUUUGUCACUCAAAAAUAUCAAACAUUUCAUUUUGGAUGAAUGUGACAAAAUGCUCGAACAACUAGAUAUGCGUCGUGAUGUACAAGAUAUAUUCCGACUGACUCCACACGAAAAGCAAGUUAUGAUGUUCAGUGCCACCCUGAGCAAGGAAAUUCGUCCAGUCUGCAAAAAGUUUAUGCAAGAUCCAAUGGAAGUAUAUGUGGACGAUGAAGCAAAACUUACCCUACAUGGUCUAAGGCAGCACUAUGUUAAAUUGAGGGAUAAUGAAAAGAACCGCAAACUUUUUGAUCUAUUGGAUGCACUUGAGUUUAACCAGGUUGUCAUUUUUGUCAAAUCUGUCCAAAGGUGCAUUGCUCUUGCUCAACUACUGAAGGAUCAAAACUUCCCAGCAAUUGAUAUACAUAGAGCGAUGAAUCAAGAAGAGCGUCUUACUCGUUACCAACUUUUCAAGAACUUUCAGAAACGUAUCCUGGUUGCAACCAAUUUAUUCGGACGUGGUAUGGAUAUUGAGAGAGUCAACAUUGUUUUUAACUAUGAUAUGCCAGAGGAUUCAGACACUUAUUUGCACAGGGUGGCUCGUGCUGGUCGUUUUGGCACCAAAGGUUUGGCAAUCACAUUUGUAUCUGAUGAGACUGAUGCCAAAACCCUGAAUGAUGUACAAGACAGAUUUGAAGUGAAUGUGACUGAACUGCCAGAUGAAAUCGAUAUCUCCGCCUACAUUGAAGGACGCUGAGAUUCUAAAGAAACUGCAUGGUUUUAUUGAAGUAGAAGAAACUACAAAUAGUUGUGGAAUGGACUGAUGUCCAUUGUAUUUUAUUCGUUUCAUGUUGUACGUGAUGAUUUCUAGCUUGUUAACCAAUCAUUUCUUUGUGUACUGUAGAUUCUGACGCCUACCAUCUUUUUUAAAAAACUUGUAAAUUUUGUCAAUAAAAGUGCAGGCUGAUUCUUUAA